GGCAUCAUUGAACCAAUAAGCGGAGGCGAAAUUCGUGACAGGCAAGAUCAGUUCCGUGGAUUAGGCAGCACAGUGGACGUAUACGAGCAGUACAGGAAACAACGGAGUGGGAAUUACCAUGACCGGAAUCAGUCUAAUCAAGCGUCUAGAGAAAAGCAGUGA